AUGCGUUCUCUAACCCUCCUCCUCUUGGUCACCGGAGCCCAGGCUCUUGUUGAUCUUCCCCAAGUAAGCCAGUUCGUAGCUUCUGCCCUGGCUGCUGGCGAUUUCACCAACUACACUGCAACGGCAACAAAGACUGCCAACUCUGCUCCCAAAGCUACUAUGGUGGAUGAGUUCGCUUCCGUAGCUGGCGAGGUUGAGGCUGCCGACGUGGGUUACUGGAUGGCCGACAUUGCGAAACAAGGAAGAGCCGCAUUCAAUCCUAAUCCAGACGGAUACAAGGUUUGGCGAAACGUCAAAGACUAUGGUGCCAAGGGCGACGGUGUAACGGACGACACUGCUGCGAUCAACCGCGCGAUGAGCGAUCAAGGCCGGUGUGGCCCUGGUUUCUGCGAUUCUUCCACCACUACCCCCGCCGUGGUCUACUUUCCGGGUGGCACCUAUGUCGUGUCCAACUCUAUCAUUCAGUAUUACAACACUAUGAUGAUCGGAAACCCCAAUUCGCUUCCGAUCCUCAAAGCCACUCCUAACUUUGUUGGUCUCGGUGUGAUUGAUGCCAAUCAGUACCAGAGUGAUGGUAGUCAAGGUUGGGUCUCGACCAACGUAUUCUUCAGACAGAUCCGUAACUUCGUCAUCGAUUUGACUCCGGUUGCUCCUGGCACUGUUGCCACCGGUAUUCAUUGGGCUGUUUCUCAAGCGACAAGUCUUCAGAACAUCCAGAUCAGGAUGCAAGUCUCUUCCGCCUCGCAGCAACAGGGCAUCUUUAUCGAGAAUGGCUCUGGUGGGUUUAUGAACGACCUCACUAUUACGGGGGGUCUCUAUGGCUUGAACGUUGGUAAUCAGCAGUUCACCGUCCGCAACGUCCGCAUUUCUGGUGCUGUCACCGCCAUUUCGCAGAUCUGGAACUGGGGAUUUACGUACCAAGCCAUGACCAUCACAGACUGCGGAACUGCAUUCUCCUUGAACAACGGUGGCCCUGCCGCACAGACAGUCGGCUCCGUCAACAUUAUCGAUAGCACCAUUACCAAUGUCCCCACCUUUAUCAACACUGCCUGGACUACUGGUUCUAGCCCCGCCGCCGCUGGCAGCUUGAACAUUGAAAAUGUAGUCAUCCAGAACGUCGAUGUGGCCGUUAGAGGCCCGAAUGGAGCAUACCUGGCCGGCGGCAGUACUACAAUUACUGGCUGGGCGCAAGGUAAUCGCUACACGCCCAACGGUCCCCAGAGAGUUCAGGGAUCAUUCACACCUGCCCAACGCCCUAGCAGCCUCCUCGGCAACGGAAACAAUUACUACUACAAAUCGAAGCCAUACUAUCAGAACAGCCCAGUAUCCGACUUUAUCAGCAUCCGUUCUGCGGGAGCUCGAGGGGACGGCUCUACCGAUGACAGCAACGCCAUCCAGAAUGCUCUCAACAGUGCUGUAUCCUCCAACAAGAUCGUGUACUUUGACCAAGGCACCUACAAGGUCACCAAGACCAUCAACCUCCCCCCAGGGUCCCGCGUCGUCGGCGAGUCCUUUCCUGUCAUCAUGGCUGCCGGCAGAGCGUUCGGUGAUGUUAACAACCCCGUACCUGUCAUUAAAGUCGGCAAUGCCGGGCAAUCUGGCAGCGUUGAGUGGUCGGACAUGAUCAUUGCCACCCAGGGCACCACACCUGGCGCUACUCUCAUCCAAUGGAACCUUAACGCGGCUCGAGGAAGCGGGAUGUGGGAUGUCCACACCCGCAUUGGUGGUUUCGCGGGAUCCAACCAGUCUCUCGCUAAUUGUCCGAAGUUUGGUAGCAUCAACAAAGCUUGCAUGACAGCAUACAUGUCGAUGCACAUCACACCAUCGGGCACUGGCGCUUACAUCGAGAACAGUUGGUUAUGGACUGCCGACCACGAUCUGGAUGAUUGCUGCUCCACCCAGAUUACCAUCUACACUGGGCGUGGCCUUCUAAUUGAAGCAAGCAACAUAUGGCUUAUUGGUUCUGGAAGUGAGCAUCACGCGAUCUACCAGUACAACUUUGUCAAUGUCAAGAACCUGUUUGCAACCUUCCUCCAAACUGAAACUCCUUACUGGAUGCCGGCUCCGGACGUCCGAGGUCAACCUUUCCCAUUCAACAAUAACCUUGACCCCAAUUAUGACAGCUGCCUUCCUGGAAACUGCAGCACCGUGGCCCUUCGCGUCCGCGACUCUCAGAAUCUUUUCAUCUAUGGCGCUGGCUUCUACUCAUUCUUCAACAAUUACAUCACUAAGUGCAGUGACAAUCCUGGCAACUCCGAUUGCCAGUCAGAGAUUGUUCGCCUUGAGGGCAGCACGAACAACUUGAAAAUCUAUGCUCUGAGCACAAUUGGCGUGCAGAACAUGAUUACAAGGAAUGGCCAGAGCAUUGCCAGGUACAUCGAUAACGAGAACGUGUACCCAGAGACUAUUGGAUACUUUUCUGUUUAG